AAGAAAAACAGUGAGGUCACCGAGUUUUGUUGAUUUCAAGAGAGUUAUUAAUGAGUUUGGUGGAAGUUUGAUCCUUCCCAAUAAUGGGUUUAAACUAAAACUAAGAAUCAGAGGGGUUUCAAAGCAUCCCAAAUAUAAGUGUGACAGGCAGUGAAGCAGAACUGCUUUGAUCAACCAGUGGGUCCAGGAAUCGGGAAAAAGACGAACUCAUGAUGCCUUUUUGAUCUCCUUUGAUUAUGUGGAGUUAAGAGCAGGGGAUGGCGUCGUAUAUGGAGUUAGAGAGCGAGCAGCUAGUGGCUGAUCCAAUACCAUUUGCUAGAAGUUAUCAGUUGGAAGGAUUGGAAAAAGCACUUAAACAGAACACGAUAGUGUUUUUGGAAACUGGAUCUGGCAAGACUUUGAUAGCCAUCAUGCUUUUGAGAAGCUUUGCUCAUCAGCUGCGCAAACCUUCACCUUUCUUUGCUGUUUUCUUAGUUCCACAAGUUGUUUUGGUCACUCAACAAGCUGAAGCUCUGAAGAUGCAUACCAACUUGAGCGUUGGCUUGUAUUAUGGAGGUAUGGGUGUAGACUUUUGGGAUGGUGAAGUUUGGAAGCAAGAAAUAGAUAAACAUGAGGUGCUUGUGAUGACUCCUGCAAUUUUGCUAAAUUGCUUGAGGCAUAGCUUCAUUCAGCUAAGCAUGAUAAAGGUCUUAAUAAUAGAUGAAUGCCAUCAUGCCAGAGGCAAACACCCUUAUGCUUGUAUUAUGUCGGAGUUCUAUCACCGGCAGCUACCUCUUGAUAAAUCUAAUCUUCCUAGAGUAUUUGGAAUGACUGCUUCUCCAAUAAAGUCAAAGGGUGGCAACUCGGAGUUAAUGUGUUGGCAACAUAUACAAGACCUUGAAUCCUUAUUGAACUCGAAGGUGUAUACUUGUUCCGGUGAAUCCGAGCUGGCCAAGUUUGUACCUAUUUCAACUCCGAAGUUCAAAUUUUAUAUGCACAAGGACAUCCCAUAUGCAUUAUAUGAACAAUUAGCAGAGGGUUUGAAGGUUUUGAAAUUAAAGCAUGAACGCUCUCUGGAGAAUCCAGAUCUCAAUCCUUCCAAGGUAGAACCGACUAGAAAACGGAUAUCAAAAGCUUUCUUGGCUUUGAUGUAUUGCUUAGAUGAACUUGGUCUUUGGUUAGCCUGGAAGGCUGCUGAGUCUUUAUCGUGGAUGGAAGAUGAUUUUUCUCCAUGGGAAACGUUGGAUAUAUUUGGUGAGGCAAUAGUGAAAAGUUUCUUUUCUGAUGCCUUAACGCUACUUGCUAGUCCAUUUAAAUCAGGAUAUUCCUAUCAGCCUAUAGGUGAUAAUGUUGAGGCUGAUAUGGCUGUAGGUCUUAUGACUGCAAAAGUUGUUUGUCUCAUUGAAUCGCUACUUGAAUACAGGUCUGUCGAGGAUAUAAGAUGUCUAGUAUUUGUAGAAAGAAUCGUUACUGCUGUGGCCCUUCAAACACUAUUGAGCGUAUUGCUCCCAAAACACACUUGCUGGAAGGCCAAAUAUAUAGCUGGAAGGAACUCGGGAUUGCAAACCCAGACAAAGCAGAAACAAAAUGAAAUUGUGGAAGAAUUUCGUUGCGGCAAGGUCAACAUCAUUGUUGCAACCUCGAUUCUAGAAGAGGGUUUGGAUGUCCAAAGUUGCAAUUUAGUAAUUAGAUUCGACCCGUCAUCCACAGUAUGUAGCUUCAUACAAUCUAGAGGACGUGCUAGGAUGCAAAACUCAGAUUACAUCUUGAUGGUAAAGAGUGGGGAUUCUGCCACUCUCUCUCGACUUCAAAGAUAUCUUGAUAGUGGUGAAACUAUGCGAAACGAAUCUCUACGCCAUGCCUCUCUUCCGUGCUUACCUUUUAGAAGUGAUUACAAUGAGGAAUCCUAUCGUGUUGAAAGCACUGGUGCGGUUGUGACUCUAAGUUCCAGUGUUGGUUUGAUAUACUUCUAUUGCUCUCGCCUUCCUUCUGAUUGUUAUUUUAAGCCAACACCACGAUGGAAUUCAGAAACUCGCACCUUGCAACUUCCUAAGAGCUCUCCUUGUCAGACCUUUUCCAGUAAAGAUGACGCUAAAUAUCCCAAGCAAAGUGCCUGUUUAGAAGCAUGCAAACAACUUCAUAAGUAUGGUGCUUUGACAGAUAACCUUGUCCCUGAUAUGGUUGCUGAAGAAGCUGUGGCCCAAGGAGUUGGGAAUAAACCACUUGAUGAAGAACAACCAAUUUAUGUUCCACCAGAAUUUGUGCAUUGUUGUCCCAAUAAUUCUAGUGGAGUGUAUCAUUGCUACCUGAUUGAAUUAAAGCAGAACUUCAAUUAUGAUAUAUCAGUUCAUAACAUCGUGCUAGCCAUGAGAACCGAGCUUGAGUUCGAAGUGCAAAGCAUGUGUCAUGACAUGGACGUUGACAGAGGAAGCUUGGAUGUUAAUUUUAAAUAUAUAGGCAUUAUUAAGCUUAGCCCAGAGCAGGUUCUUUUAUGCAGAAGGUUCCAAGCUACAAUUUUCAGAGUCUUGUUGAAGCAUAAAUGGGAUAUCGAGUUGAGUAAAAAUGACGAGAUUUGCUUGGGAGAUAGUCCUACGGUCGAUUAUCUUCUGCUCCCUUCAACUGGUGUAGGACUGAUUAGCUGGGAGACCGUUCUGUCUGUAUUAGAUUCAUCCAUAAAAUAUUGUGUACAUCGUGGUAUUUCCUCAUUCAAGGGCUUUGCUUACGACGUUCAAACCCAAAACGGACUUGAUUGCAUUUGCAGACUCGAGAAUUCUAUCGUGUAUACUCCUCAUAACGGUUAUGUAUAUUGCAUAAUGGGUGCUUUGAGUGCACUCGAUGGAAACUCAUUACUCAAGCUCCGAAAAAACGAAACGAUGCUGUCUUACAAGGAGUAUUAUAAAAUGAAUCACGGCAUUGACUUACAGUAUGAGAAACAACCAUUACUUCGUGGGAAAAAAAUAUUUACAGUGCAUAAUCACCUUAAGAAAUGUAGAAAACGCGAGGAGGGAGUAUCAAGUAAUUCGCUAGUUGAGCUACCUCCUGAACUUUGUUCUAUAAUAAUGUCUCCCAUAUCCAUCAACACCAUAUAUUCGUAUUCAUUUCUUCCUUCUAUUAUGCAUCGACUCGAAUCGAUGCUCAUUGCCAGCAACUUGAAAAAGUUGAAUUCGGAUCAUUGCAUGCAAAAUGACAUUCCAACCGUGAAGGUCUUGGAAGCAAUAACAACAAAAAGCUGCCAAGAGAAAUUUCAUCUAGAAUCCCUCGAGACUCUUGGCGAUUCGUUUCUUAAAUACGCGACUGGUCAACAUCUUUUUAAAGCUUUUCAGAAAGAUCAUGAGGGCCUUCUUAGUCUAAAGAAAGAUAGAAUAGUUUGUAAUGCUGCUCUCUGUAAGCUUGGAUGUGAACACAAAAUUUCGGGCUUUAUUCGAGACGAGGCUUUCGAUCCUCAAAAGUGGGCGAUUCCUGGUGAUACACUUGAGGUUCACCAAUUAACAGAGGAAGUGCUUUCUAAUGGAAGAAAAGUUUAUGUUCGAAGAAAAAGAAAGGUAAAAGGUAAGAGGAUAGCUGACGUUGUUGAGGCGCUAAUCGGUGCAUAUCUUAGCACUGGUGGGGAAAGGGCAGCGAUUCAGUUUCUAAAUCGGAUCGGUAUAGAAGUGUAUUUUGAUAUUGUACCUUACGAGAGACCUUUUAGCGUCGAUGCUCACAAGCUCAUUAAUGUUAGACAUUUAGAGUCCCUGCUGAAUUACACAUUCAAUGAUCCCUCAUUGUUGUUAGAAGCAAUGACUCAUGGUUCAUAUAUGCUUCCAGAAAUUCCAAGAUGUUAUCAGCGACUGGAAUUUCUUGGAGACUCGGUAUUAGAUUACGUCGUUACCGUGCAUUUGUACAACAAAUAUCCCGGAAUGUCACCGGGAUUGUUGACUGACAUGAGGUCGGCGUCCGUGAGCAACGAUUGUUAUGCACGAACUGCAGUAAAGGCUCAGCUGUACAAAAGUAUACUACAUUUGUCUCAUGACCUCCACAGGCAUAUUAGUUCGACUCUUAGAAACUUCGAGAUGUCGUCUUCUGAAGCAACGUACGGAUGGGAAUCUGAGACUUCUUUACCCAAGGUUUUUGGAGAUGUGAUCGAGUCUUUAGCUGGAGCAAUAUACGUAGACUCGGGAUACAAUAAAGAUAAGGUGUUCGAGAGUAUACGUCCACUUUUAGAACCGUUAAUAUCGCCCGAAACGGUGAAGAUGCAUCCAAGAAGAGAGUUAAAUGAGGUAUGCCAAAAGAUGAACUACAACUUAAAAAAAACUGUUACUUCUCGUGUGAAUGGAAAAACACACGUUACAGUUGAGGUUGAAGCCAAUGGGAGGAUAUUCAAACAUACAGCAAUCUCUUUGGAUAAGGAGACUGGAAAGAAGGUUGCUUCCAAAGAAGUUCUCAAAUCUCUAAAGGACUCCUAUGGUCCUUUCCUAUAGUGCUCUUACAGGUGCUGUUUUUCCUUGUUCAUUAUUGUAUUAAAUAUAUCGAUAUUCAUAUCAGGUGUAUUAUCGAUCAUAUUAGGUGUGUUGUCGAUAAAUUAUGUAUUGUCUUGCUCUAUGUUUGUUAAGGCAAUAUUGGACUUUUGUUUUAGGUGAUUCU